AUGAACUCGUCGUCUCAGGUUAGAAUACAAUCAGUGGCCAUUAUUGGCGCUGGCGCCAUCGCGGCGGCAGCACUCAAGGCCGAAAACUACUUUGACCGAAUCCGGGUAUUUGAGCGUCGCGAAACUGCUGGCGGUACAUGGAUUCAUGAUCCAGAUCCCGGCCCUGUCACACCGGUCGAGCCAGGGAAGCUACCUACUGAACUAGAUGUACAUUUGGAUAUACCGAGAAAUCUGCCAACGACAACGUCUCCAGAUAAAACGAAUCGAUGGGCUACCACACCCGUAUAUGACUCUCUCAGCACAAAUGUUCCCAACAUUGCCAUGACCUUUUCGGACGCGCUCCUCCCCUACGGUCCAUUUGCACCGCACUACAUUGCGAGGCAAUAUGUGGAAAACUACUUUGCCUUGCAUCAGACGGACACGCUGCUCCAAACGAAUACCACUGUCGAGGAUCUCGCAAGAUCGCCGCUCUCAUGGCACAACGGCCAGGGCGAGUGGAGGCUGACGUUGAGAAAAUACGAUGCCGCUCGCCAAGUCGACGAGUGGUGGGAGGAAUUCUACGACGCUGUUGUGCUUGCCAAUGGACACUAUGCCGUUCCAUAUAGAGAGCAGGUUCCAAGAGUCAAGGGUCUUGGGCCGUACAUUGAAAAGUACCCAGGCCGCAUAUCGCACUCUAAACGCUACCGCAAUCCAAAGCUCUACGCCGGCCGGCGUGUUUUGAUCAUUGGCAACUCUGUUUCCGGCAGAGAGCUGAGCGAGGAGCUGGUGGGCGUCGCCAAGGGCAGCGUGUACCUGUCGCGCAGAAGCCCGGCCUUGUGGGAGGGCGACGAGCCGCCGCCGGGGAUAGAAUGGAAGCCCGUCGUCUCCGAGUACAGGCAAGACGGCAGCAUUCUCUUUGCCGACGGGACUGCCUUGGCCGGCGUCGACGCCGUCAUAUACUGUACCGGAUACAAGCCCUCCUUUCCCUUUUGGAAUCAAGAGAUCAACGGUGGCCCGCUGUUUGAUUACCGACUCAACAGGCUUUUGGGCUGCUACCAGCACGUCUUCUUUCGCGACUAUCCCACCCUCGGUGUCGUUGGGUUUCCCAGGACCCUCACCUUCCGGAGCUUCGAGUACCAAGCCAUUGCGCUUGCACGGCUGUGGUCCGGCCGCAACGCCCAGCCUCUGCCGUCGCCUCGGCAUCAGCAGCAGUGGGAGGAGGAGCGCACGGAGCGCACCGAAGCGCAGCACCAGUACUUUCACGACGUUCCGUGGGGUGCCGAAACAAACGAGUACCUGCGAGACCUGUUCAACUUUGCGGGACUGACGACGCUGGCGGGUGAUGGGCUGCUGCCCCCGCCGCUUACGAGGAGGAUGGUGUGGGAAUACGAGAAUGUGCUCAAGUGGAAGAUUCCCAAAGGAAAAGGGCCCCAUGGAGGCAAUGACGGUCUGGAAGAGGAUACGGUGAUGCAGCAGCAUGCGCAGCAGCAGCUAUUGCCGCCGGCAGCUGAGCAAGUAAUCAAGACACGAGAGACUCGCGUCGAGGAAAAGAAAGGCUGGGUCAUUGUUGAAAAAGCCAAAGUUUUCAAAUUGCAUACAGCUCAACUGUAG